GUGAGAUUGGCUGAGAUAAAAAAUCGGGCAUUUAAAGCCGCUCCUUUUCCCGCGAGAGUUUAGGGUUUCAGGAUGAAAGCACCGCUGCACCAGCCCCCCACCUGUAAGACGUAGUGACGUCAGGGGUCUCGAGAAGCCUUUUGUAAAUACUCUGGGUCCUGCCUUCUCUCAAUUGGAUUGUACUAUCGACAUCCAUGAGGGCGCUUUGCCGAGCUUCAAAUCCAAUUAGGAAACAACUUUGUUGCAUUCCCUCAAGUCACACUUAUUAUGCUAAGUGCGAGGCAUAUAGUAAUUUGGAAAAUGGGCAACACCAACAUUCAAAAGAACAUCAUAGUAAUAGAGGUUUCCAUUCGAAAAGGCCCAUUUCUCCUGGAGUAUUUCACCCUCCAGUGGCUUUAAUUGUGGGCAGGAGCCUUUCUUGUCAGGUUCGAGCUGAUUAUAGUGACAAGGAUGAUGACUUGGAGGAUGGGUUUUCUGACCUUGAUGUGCCUCCAAAAUCCGACAUGCCUGAGGAACUUUUGAAUAAGGAAGAUGAAUCAGAAUCUGGAGGUGAUAAAUCCAGUGAAAAUGUUGAUGAAUCUGCUGAGCUUGCACCUGGUUUGUUUGACAAUGAAGCUGAUUAUGGUGAAAAACAUCUUGGCAAGAAGGGUCACAGUUCCCCACUUUUCCAGGUUAUAAUGGAUUCUCCUCGCCCUUCUUUAAACAAUGCCCUUGAUAAGUGGGUUGAAGUAGGUAACUGUUUGGGACGAGGUGAAAUUUCACUUGCAGUACUGAAUCUGAGAAAGCGCCAGUUGUAUGGAAAGGCCUUGCAGUUUCUGGAAUGGCUGGAAGCUAAUAAACACAUUGAACUCGGGGAACGUGAUUAUGCAUCUCGUCUUGAUUUAGUUGCCAAGGUGCAGGGCCUUCAAAAGGCAGAAAAGUACAUUGAAAAAAUUCCUCAAUCCUUGAGGGGUGAGAUCAUUUACAGAACACUUCUGGCCAACUGCGUCACUGCUGCUAAUCUCAAGAAAUCAGAGGAAGUGUUCAAUAAAAUAAAGGACCGAGGUUUCCCCAUCACAACCUUCGCAUGCAACCAACUUCUAUUACUUUAUAAAAGGGUGAACCGGAAGAAAAUCGGCGACGUCCUCAAAAUGAUGGAGAAGGAAGAUGUUAAGCCAUCUCUCUUCACAUACAAGCUUUUAGUGGACACCAAAGGCUGUAUACAUGAUACACAGGGCAUGGAAGAUGUAAUCACGGCAAUGAAGGCCGAAGGUCUUGAGCCUGAUUUCUCCUUGCAAGCCUUAGUUGCCAAGCAUUACAUCUUUGCUGGGCACAAGAAAAAGUCUGAGGCUACCUUGAAGGAGAUGGAAGGGGAUGACAUUUGCACGAACCGCAAUGCUUGCAAAUCUCUUCUUCCCCUAUAUGCCGCGCUCGGUAAGGCCGAUGACGUAGAAAGAAUUUGGAAAGUUUGUGAACAUAAUCCCCGAUUAGAGGAAUGUUCUGCGGCAAUAGAGUUGGGGCAAGUUGGGCAAGCUUGGGGCAAGCUUGGCAAAGUAGAAGAUGCUGAGAAAGUUUUUGAGAAGAUGAAUAAAUUGUUCAAGAAACUUUCUUCUAAAUACUACAAUGUACUUUUGAAGGUGUAUGCUGAUCACAAGCUGCUAUCAAAAGGGAAAGAAUUGGUGAAGAGAAUGGCGGAUGGCGGGUGUAAGAUUGGACCUUUGACUUGGGAUGCCUUAGUCAAGCUCUAUGUUGAGGCUGGAGAAGUCGAGAAAGCUGACUCUAUUUUGCAGAAGGCGUCGGAGCAGAAUCAAAUAAAGCCACUUUAUUCAACGCAUAUAUAUUUGCUGGAAAAAUAUGCUGAAAGAGGUGAUGUUCACAAGGCCGAGAAGAUUUUUCACAGUUUGAGGGAGAUUGGUUAUGCUGGUAGGAUGAGGAAGUAUCAGUUGUUACUUCAGGCCUAUAUAAAUGCAAAGGCACCAGCUUAUGGAUUUAGGGAGAGGUUGAAAGCCGAUAAUAUUUUAGUUAACAAGGGCUUUUUUGCACAAUUACAUGCUGUUGAUGCAUUCAGAAAGUCACCAAUUUCGGAAUUGCUUGAGUAAGUUCCUUCACUAUCUCAGCACUUUGAAGCAGAGAAACUGGAGUCAUGUAGUGGUUUAGAUCUGUUAUGGAAAUUGAUAUUUAUUAAUGAAUUUUGCUAAAUAGGUUUCCUUUAAUGACUGUCAUUGAAACUAUGGUAUAUUUGCUAUUCUCA